AUGAUCUGGCAUAUAUCAUAUCUAUCAGUCUACCACCUCAAUCUCAUUUUGUUUCUAUCUAUCUAUCUAUCUAUCUAUCUAUCUAUCUAUCUAUCUAUCUAUCUAUCUAUCUAUCUAUCUCAUUUUUUCAUAUCUAUGUAUGUAUGUAUGUAUCUAUCUCAUUUUGUUCAUAUCUAUCUAUCUAUCUAUCUAUCUAUCUAUCUAUCUAUCUAUUUUUCAUAUCUAUGUAUGUAUUCAUAUCUCAUUUUGUUCAUAUCUAUCUAUCUAUCUAUCUAUCUAUCUAUCUAUCUAUCUAUCUAUCUAUCUAUCUAUCUAUCUAAUAAUAAAGGAUUAAUUAUUGCCACUUUCUUAACCAAUAACGAAAUAUACGAAAUUAUAUACUUUAAUGUACAAAGUAAGUCUCAUUUUUUCAUAUGUAUGUAUGUAUGUAUGUAUGCAUCUAUCUAUCUAUCUAUCUAUCUAUCUAUCUAUCUAUCUAUCUAUUCUAUGUUCAUCUAUCUAUCUAUCUAUCUGUUAUCUAUCAUAUCUAUCUAUCUAUCUAUCUAUCUAUCUAUCUUUUUCAGUCUUUUCGUAUCUCUCUCACUGAUUCAUUCACUCUCUUUCUUUCUUUCUUUUUUUCUAUCUAUCUAUCUAUCUAUCUAUCUAUCUAUCUAUCUAUCUAUCUAUCUAUCUGCGCAAAUAUAUACAAUGCAGAGGUGCCACAUGCAGUGUACAUAA